AUGAAGGGCGAUAACCAACAUACCCAAAGAAAAAGGAAAUACAUUGACGCAAUUUACCAAGCAGAAGAUGAGGCUAAUAAUUCAAAACUCGACCUUUCUCUCUCUAUCCCUUCUCCAGAAUCGGAAUCGGAACCUGUUAAGAGGCCUCCUGCCUCAUCUAGGCCACAACGUGGUCGAUGUAACACGGCACGAGGCGGCCGAACCGAGGCUGGACGAAGGGUGGUCAAGAGUGAGACCAUCCCGAGCCCGUACCCAUGGGCUACGGGCCGGCGGGCCACGGUUCAUACCUUGAAGUAUUUACUAGAUAAUGGGAUACGUAUCAUUUUUGGUGAAGUGCAAUGCAAAAAGUGUGAGAAGAUUUACAACAUUGAGUAUGAUGUCAAAGAGAAGUUUGAAGGGAUUGCUUCUUUCGUUAUGGACGGGCUCGAGGGGUGGCACGACCGGGCCCCCGAGCAAUGGGCCACGAUUAAGCUUCCUACGUGCAAGUUUUGUGGAGAAGAAGAUAGUUGUAAACCUAUUUUAUCCGAGAAGAAAAAAUCUAUCAAUUGGUUGUUUUUGUUGCUAGGUCAACUUAUAGGGUGUUGCACUUUGGAUCAACUUAAGUAUUUUUGUAAGCAUACUAAUAUUCAUCGAACCGGGGCGAAAAAUCGGGUGCUUCUUUAUACAUAUUUGGCAUUGUGCAAGCAACUUGAGCCUCAUCUUCCGUUCAAUUAUCAAGCUAUUCCAUGA